CGCGCCAUAAAACAAAGGGGGCCCCGUCGGAGUUUAAAGGAAGCAGCGCGCGCGGGGGGGCGAUUUUUGCGUCACAAAAUUUUGCAAUUAAAUUCGCUUCCCUACGAACGUUUCAAUCCCUGCGCGGUAUUUCAACCAAGAUUUGUUUGUGUUCGUUUGCUGCUUCGUCGCAUCCGCGGGCCGAGAUAUGCGUGUUAAAAGAUAACGAUUGCACGGGCGUUGUUCGAAGCGGCGAAUGGGCGCUCACGUCCGUGGAUUAAAUUGGCGUCGCCGCUGCCGCCGCCGUGUUAAUGGGAGGGGGUUGGCGUCUUUGGAUGGGUUUAUUUUAUUGUUUCUUUUAUUGGUUCUAAACUCCGUCAGUUUGCAAAGGGAGAUUUGGAACGCGUGUCCCCCCUCCCCCCGUUGAGGUGCCCGCGGAAAAGAGGUCGUGGCAAAGCAUGCGGGCGGAAAGGCAUAUCACCAUGAUGCAUAAGGACUUGGGGAGAUGGAGGAGCAGUCGAUGACCAGGAGAUUUGCUCAUGUCCCAACCAAGGGUGGCCAUCUGCACCACCUUACAUGACCACAGUCAGGGAUUUUUGGUGCAUGUGGUGCUCUUUAGUGUGGAUGGCUGGUAAUACUGGGAUCGAUAUUCAUGAGAAAAUGAGCGAGGAAGAAAUGGUACCGGUGAUUGACGAACGUCCAGAAAUGGUGGAUGAUCAGCUAUGUGAAAUGGGUGAAGAUCAGCCAUGUGCGACUGGGGAAGAUCACUCAUGUGAAAUGAUGGAGGCUCAACCCAGUGGAAUGGUGGAAGACCCCCCAUCUAGAGAAGCCAAUGAUCAAUCACGGAUUACAGCAGACACUAAGUCCUGUGUCACAGUAGAUGAUCAAGCACAAAGUGUAGAACAUCAACCACAUGUUGUACCAGGUAAAAUACCUGGAAUAGUGAAGGAUCUGUCAUGUGAAAUGGGAGAUAAUCUGCCUUGCGAGAUGGAGGAAUGUGAAUCUUCAGAGGGUGAGCCAUCUAAAGUAGCAUAUGAUGAACAAUGCGACAUAUCUGAGGAUCGGUCACAAGUAAUGGUGGAGGAUCCACAAUCGACAAUUGUGAAGGCUCUGCCGUGUGACGAAGAGGCAGUUCAACCUGACAAAGUCGAUCAGCCACAUGACACAGAUGAACAUCCUUUAUCUCCAGCAGUAAAGGAUCAGUUGUGUAUAACGGUUGAAGACCAGCCCUGUGGGAUGGGGGAUGAUAAAACAGGUGGAAUGAAGGAAGCUCAUGCAGGCAGCACAAAUGAUCCACGCUUUGCAGAAAAAAAUGACAAAGAAUGUGGAAUUGCAGAUACUCACCCUUGUGAGGUGCAGCAGAAGCAGGCACAGGCAAGUGUUGUGGUGGAAGAUCAGCCUUGUGUGUCAGUUACUGAUCAACAAUGUCAAGUGGUUGAGGAGCAGCAGUGCUCGGUAAAGGAGGAAAAGCCUGACACUGAAACACCUAGGACAACUGCAGCAAAACCUGAUAGUGCAGACCUAUGGACCCUGGACAAUGCAGCAGAUGUAAUUGAUAUAAGCUCUGGCUCUGAGGAAGUGGAUGACGAUGUUCUGGAGGUGAUUGACCUCUCCUCAGGCUCUGAGGAAGAAGUAGAAGAGGAUGAGGAAGAGGACGAACAGGAAGAGGAGCACUCUCUGUCAGAUGAGGACCCAGCACCCGAGCAGCUCUAUGAAUUGGAGUGGACGCGCACACUGCAGCCAGAUGCGGUGCAGUUGGAGGAGUUCCAGGGCAGCCCAGGCCCCGUGCAUGCGCUCCCAGCCGGUUCUCAACCCCUCGACUACUUCAAGCUCUUCCUAACAGACGAAAUGCUGGACAGGAUCGUGACUGAGACCAAUCGGCAUGCGGCUCGCUGUGGGGCCAACAUGCACCUGACAGGCCCUGGGCCAGGCUCUGUGUCGGGUGAGGGAAGGCCCGUGACGCGGUCCUCGCUCUCCACCUUCCUGGGGGUUGUGCUCAUCAUGGGCAUCAAUAUGCUGCCAGCACUACCAUACCACUGGGCAGACGAUGACUCCCUGGGAAACCAGUUUAUCCGCCGCUCCAUAUCCCACAAGAGGUUCAGGGAAAUUUUGAGGUACCUCCACAUUAGCGAUGAUGAAAAAGCACCAAGCAGAGGACGGAUCGGCUAUGACCCACUGCACAAGAUCCGCCCACUGCUCGACCACCUGCUGGGGGCCUUCUCUCGCCACUUUGUUCCAUUCCGAGACAUGCGCCUCGACGAGGUGCUCAGCAAAUUCAAGGAUCGGCAUGAUGCGCUGCCAUGUGUGCCCGCCAACCCCAUCCGCUGCGGCGUCAAGGUCUUCAUCUGCUCAUGCGCGUCCACAGGCUACGUGCACUCGCUGCUCGUGCACGCCGGAGGCCACGAUAUCGUCGUCGCUGGGGGCCUGUGGCGCCGACGCAACAAAAGCUUCCCCCUGGGAUACAGAGCUGCCAUGCGUCUGACGGAGCGCCUGCACGGGGUCCACCACCACGUGUAUUUCGGAAAAUUGUUUGGCAGCGCGCGACUGCUCUCCGACUUUCUUCAGCGUGGCACGUACGGGUGCGGCUUGGUACGACCCAACAGCCGUGGCUUCCCCAAGGAGUUACGAGACUCGCGGCUGCAGCCCGGAGACACCAAGUUCCGGCAGAGCGGGCAGCUGGUAGCCUGCAUCCACAAAGCCAACACUGAAAACAUGGCCAUCAUUGCCUCCAACUCCCGGCCAGAAUCAGAGCGUAUGCAAAGGAGGUUCCACAAUUAUGACGUCGAGGGAAGCCAAAAGCCGCAUCCGUUGCUCAACUACAACAUGUGCAUGGGCAAGGUGGACAUCGCCAGCCAGCUGCAAACCUGGUUCGAAUUGGGCCGCGAGGGGCGCAAGUGGUGGAAGUACAUGUUUUUUUUCCUUCUCAACACUGCCGUGGUGAACUCCUACAUCCUCUACAGGCUGAGCAACAUGCCGCAGCCCCGCAACGCCAUGAGCCAGCUGGAGUUCCGCUUGCUCUUGGCCAAGCAGCUGGUGGGAAGGGUGGACGUGCGCAAGGGCCCAGGCUUGCGGAGGGUCGGCAGGGCUCGUGGUGGUGGUGGUGGCGGCAGCAGCAGCGGCGGCGGAGGCCAAAACCGCCGCUGUAUAGAGCGUGUGCUGUGGCCAGCGCCCAGCGUGAGCCCCCAGCAGCACGCCUGCGUAAAGUUCGCGGGGCGCAAGCGCGUGUGUGUCCUGUGCAGCAGCCGCAACAAGAGAACUCGGCGCGGGCGCAGUGUGCAAACCAGCUACGGCUGCCAGAUCUGCAACGUGAACCUCUGCCAAGUUGGCUGCUUCACCGGCUACCACAGCAAGGAGCAGCUCGCUGGCAGCAGGGCAUUGCGGCGUCUUCACAGGGGUCGAGGCGGGAGCCAACCAAGGAGUGCGGCGCGCCGGGGCCCCCGCACCAGGGAGCAGGGCUGCCAGGCAAACCUGGAGGACGACCCAGCACAUGACAUCAAGAAUGAGCGCUGCGAUCAAGGGAUGAUGGAUGGCAGUGCAGAGGAGAGAGUGCCUGUGUCAAUGGAGGGCUGGGAGGGGCCCAAACUGGAGCCAGAAGAAACAGAACUUGCACAGUCCAGCAGUGAUCCCUCCUCAAACCACGCAUUACCAGAGAAAUUUGUUGAAGACUGAUUUGGAGAACGUCACCCAAACAAAGCAGAAGGAACCUGUCCAUUGAUGAAAAAGAUAGCCACUUAUUGAUUGGACUUUAAAACAUUACACAAUUAAAUGGAGCUGAUGUCAGCUUUUUCUUGUAAGCGUGCAGUCUAAAUAACAGACGUUAAUUCGGAGUAUACCCAUAAAAGAUGGUUCUAUCUUUUCCUAGUUCUUAAAAUAAUAUAUAGCCUUAAAAGGUUAAUUUUCUAAUUUCAGCAGUCAGUGAAACGCUUCUGUAUUUUUCUCAAAGUACUCUCAAAGACAUUACCUCUGGCCUAAGACUAAGUACAGCAAAUUGCUGUGUCAAUAAUACUGUUCCCACAGACAUUUUUUUGUCGAUGAGAGCUCGUCCUUGAUUUUAAAGGCUAUUUUAUAGCACAUUGUAUUAACAUGCCAUUUGUAAUAAGUGUAGUUUGUAUCAAGUAGGGUUUUCCUGUUAAUGUCUCACUGGUGUAGUGCUGUCACCACUUUAGUAAUGAUCCACCACGAAGUAUUAGUAAUGUGUAUAGAUAUGCCUUGUGCAUUAUUAUUUAUUCUAGACACGAGUACAAUAUUGGCCAAGGCUGUAUAGGGGAAUUAUCCCAGAUGUUCUUAGAGAUGUGCACUUUCCAUCAAGGGUCAUAGUGUUUACUUCUUCUUACUAACAAUUCCAGGAUUCGAGUGGCUACAAAAGAAAAGUAUAAACCUGAGACUUUAAGCACGUUAGGUGUACUACUGGAGGAGCAUGCACAGCCUUUUAUUUACUCCAGUUUCUAAGUACGUGUCAAAUUUAGUCUUGUGAAAGUCAUGUGAAAAAUAAAUGUAGGUGAAAUACUGUCA